AUGUUUUCAGACUUGAUUGAUCAAUUCAGAUAAACUUAUCAAAAUAAAUAUCUAACACUUCUUGAGUUUUCAAACAUAUUAGAUUAAUAUGCUAGAUUAGAUAUAAGAUGUGAUUUAGAUGACAAUGUUAAAGAAUAGUUGUAUAAGUUUAUCAAAGAGAAAUAAUAAAAUGUGACUUAUUGUGCACGUAACAUUCACUCCAUAUUACUUAGUUGAAACAGUCAUUCUUGAAUUCUUAUUAUAAUAAGAAGUAAUUCAACCUUAAUCUUAAAUUAAUGUUGAUACACUAGGCAAAUGCGCUAGACGAUUACCUUUGGAUAUGUUAUAGAACAUUAAUAAUGAUUUUCUUAUGCAAUUCAAAAAUUUCUAUAAAUUGAUUGCCAAUAAAUAUGGCCCUAUAGUUGAUUAUCGUGAAUUAGAAAGGUUAGGUAAGGAAUUAUAGAGAACUAUAAAAAUAAAUUCUAUUGAAAUUAUGAGAUACAUUCAACCAUUUGUGGAUAAUUAAUAGAAAGUUAAAAUUGAUGAAAUUCUUGAACUUUCUAAUGAUCUUGAAAGAUUGAUAAAUGAUUAAACUAGAAGAUAAUCUAAAGGUUUUGAAAAUAGAAAACAAAAUACUGUAGAAUAAUAAGGAGAAGAUUAUCAUUAUUCAAGUGAGGAAGAUAACUAAAAAUAAAUUAAUUUGAUUUCAAGUGCAUCUAAUGAUAGAAGAAAUUUUACAAAUAUUAUUUAUCAAUAGACUGAUAUAAUUAAAUAGAAAUUUAUAAAUAAAGGAGGUCUAUCUUAUCUAACUGAAAUAAAUAAGGCAACUUAAUGUAUUGAAGGAUUGAUUGCUAAUUUAAUUAAUGAUAUUGAUAUAAAAAAUAAGAAAAUAGAAGAAUUGAUUAUUGAAAAAGAAUUAACUUAAGGAUAAUUAUAAUAAUUUGAAAUAGAAAUUUAAAAUAAAGAUUAAUAAAUUCAAUUAUGUUUAUAAGAUAAUGAUAUAUUUUAAACUUAAAUUAAUGUAAAUAUAUAUUUAUAUUAUUAUAGUAAAUUUAAGAUCAGAAUAAAGAUUUAAAAAUAUAAUUAAAUUUUUAUAAUGAAGAAUUGAAAGGUAUUACUAGAUUAGAAACAGAAUUAAAAGAAAUGUAAAUAGAUACCAAAAAUCUAAGAGAAUAAUUAAAUAAGAUAAAUAAGGAAAAUAUUAGAUUACAAAAAAACAAUAAAUCAUUAAUGGAAAUUAUAGAAGAAUUAGAGAUUAAAUCUCAAUAAAAUAAAGAUAUAGAUACUAUAAAAUAAUCAUUAUAACAACAUAAAGAUUAAAUAAAUUAAUUAUAAAUCAAAUUAGAAGAGUAAUUUUAUUAUUAAUAUAUAGUUUAUAAAUAUAGAAUCAAUAAUUAGAAGAAUUGAAUUAAAUAUAUGAAAAAGCAAAAGAAGGACUUGAAUAAUAAAUUAUAGAAUUAAAAAGAGAAGUAACUCAUUAUAAAAAGAUGUUUGAAAAUACAAAUAUUGAAAAUUAAUAAUUGAGAAGUAGUCUUAUACCAAGAACAAGUAUGUUUAAUUCUUAAUAAAUGAAUGGUGGAGGACUUGGGAGAUUGAGUAAAAUAUCAAUUGGAGGUGGUAUUACAUCUUCUAAAAUUUAUAUAAUUGGACGAAAUUCAUCUUAAAGAAUGUCUUCAAUUAGAGGAAAUUAAUAUGGAAGUACAUUUAAUCCUUUAGAUGAAAUUUAAAGUGGACCUUUAAAAAUUGAAGAAGUUUAAGAUAUUGACAAUUAGAAUCCAGAUUAAUAAAAUGUUAAUAGUAACAAACCAUCGAUGAUAAAUAAUAGGAUUGUGGCAAGAAUCAAUAUAAAAUAUGAAAAUAGUAUUGUUGAAGUAAUAAAUGAAGAGAAUGAAGAUAAGGAAUAAUUUGUAACAAACAAUGAGAAACCUAAAGAACAUAAACUUUUAUAAUAAUUUGAUAAAUUUUGGGGGGAAUUAGGAACAAAAAAUUUAGAAGAAUUAGCACCUGAUACACAAUAGAUAAAAAUUGACGAAAAUAUUUUAUAUUAUAGAGAUUUUUUGGGUAUUAGAGAUGAUCCAAAGAUAAUGGAAUACUUGAAAUUAGAGAAGAAUAUAUACAAAUCAAUAAUAUAGAGAUGUUUUUCUGAUGGAGUUUAUAGAAUUGAUGCUAAAGGUAAAAAGGCUAGGAGAAUCUUAUUUUUGACUGAACACACAUUCUAUAUAUUUGAAGGAGAAAAGAAACCAUCUAAAUUGUCAAGAUCAUUUCCAUUAAAAAACAUACAUACUUUGGUUUUUUCAGAGGUGAGGAUUUCAAAAUAUAUCUAAGGCUUCACCUGUCAUUUGUUGUAUCAAAGUAGCAGGUUCAGAUGAUUAUUUAAUUGAAACAUUUAAAAGAAGUGAAUUAAAUUCAUUUUUAACUGAUAUAUUUGCAUCCCAAAAGAUUUCAUUAUUUAAAGUAGAAUUUUUAGUUUAAUUUAAAAUUAAAAUGAAAGGAGUCAAAGAUGAAAUACCCAUAUCUUAAAUUAUUAAAAAAUAGACAAGUCAAGAUCAAGGAAAGAAUCCAACAUAUAAAGUGAGUUCUAAAUAAGGAUUAUAUUCAUAGAAUAUGGGAUGGUUAUAGAUAUUUAAAAAGAAGAUGUUUUAAGGUGAUUGGUAAGAAGUCUUUGUAAUAUUAACAAAUGUUGGAUUAGUUUUAUUUAAGAAACCUGGUGAUGCAGAACCAAUAUUAUUCAUAUCCUUUGUAGAUGCUGUAGUAAUCAAGAAUCCACUUUUUGAUACAACUAAAUAACAUACUCUUAAAGUAAAAUUCUAAUCCUAAAUAGAUCCGUUAUGAAAAUUGUGAUUCUGAAUUUGUCUUUAAUGCGACUUCAAAUCUUCUUUUAGAUUAAUGGCAUGAUGCUAUUCAAAAUGCAAUCAUGGAAUAGGUUAGAUAAUAGACAUAGUAUAUGGUACAUCAGUAAUAACAAGUAGUGGAACAUCGAAAUUAAACAAUGGUGGAUCAAUGAGGC